AUGUCUGCUCGACCAGAGACUCAGUUGCGUACGCAUGCGUCACUACUUUUACUUCUUAUACUAACCGCCGUGACAAGUGUCUACUUAUUCUUCCAAUAUGCACCUAAAGCUGAGUAUCCAGAAUGUGCACCUAUUUCAGUUUCUUACGUAAUUCAAGGAGUAUUACCCAAUUGGUUAAAUGGACGAAAUGAUAAAAUGGGUACAGUCCAAGGACUAUGGCAGUGUGCUAUUCAGUAUCGUGAACACCAUUCCGCCUUUGUGCUCAGUAGUUUCUGCAUCGUGUAUAUCGCGUUGCAGACUUUUGCUAUCCCUGGUCCCAUUGUACUAAGUAUUCUUUCUGGAGCGAUGUACCCAUUUCUACAGGCUCAACUUUUAGUAGCUUUUUGUGCCACCACAGGCGCUUCGUUGUGCUUUAUGCUGUCGUAUUUCUUAGGCCGUGGGGUCUUUAGUCGUUUACUAUCUGGUAUGAUUGAUCGCUUCAAGGAUAAAAUUGCCCAGAACCAGAAAAACCUGUUUUACUACUUGCUCUUCCUGCGGAUUACGCCUUUAUUGCCCAAUUGGUUUGUCAAUAUCGCAUGUCCACUGGUGGACGUACCGUUCAAGUAUUUUUUUCUGGCUACGCUGAUUGGUUUGAUCCCUGCCAACUUCUUGCAUAUUUCAACGGGCGCGACACUCAAUAGUGCUGCUGGAAUGUCAGGCGGGAGUAAUACCGUCAACUUUGCUGUGCUCUUUUUGUUGCAAUUUGUGGCCCUGCUUCCGACACUGUUCAAAGGCAAGAUUGAGAAGUAUGAGAAAGAAGCAUUUGAAAAGACCAAGAAGAUCAAGUGA